CCAAGCACAAGCACAAGCACAAGCACAAUCACAAUCACCAAACCACUCACACCCAUACACCCUCCAAAACCCACACCUCCAAACGACCAAUACACCACCAGCAUGAGACAUUGAACCCGAUCCUCUCGACAGAGACCCCCAGCCUGUCGAUAAUAAUCCCUUUCCCGCAUGAACCGAACAAACCACCCUGCCACCUUAGUCCCCUCCUCUCCGACAAUCCACAGACAACACCACACAAAGACACAAUUACAAUGGCCCAACAACCCCCGCGCCACGCCGCCAUGCUCUCCCUGAGCAAUAGCAACAGCACCUCCAAUUUCUCCUCCACGACGACGACCAGCACCGAACGACCGCUCCAAUCCCAAACCCACACACACCUGCCGACGCCCUCGCAAUCCAGCACGGGCCUGCGCGUCCCCUCCAACCGGAAAACCAUCUACGACCGCCAUCUCAACCGCAGCCGGAAUGCGGAACUCAGCCGGGCGAGCUUCGCCUUCCUGUUCGGCGAGAUGGUCACCUACGCUCAGCGCCGGGUCACGGGGAUCCAGGAUCUGGAGAGACGACUCAACGAACAGGGCUACCCGCUCGGCCUCCGGCUGCUGGACCUCCUCUUCUACCGCACGGUGUCCGGGUCGAGCUCCUCGUCGGCGCUGUCGAGCAGCUCCUCCACCUCGGCCUCGCCGCCCAACCGGCCGCUCCGCAUCCUGCCCCUGUUGCACCUCAUCCACGGGCCCCUGUGGCGGCUGCUGUUCACCCGCCCCGCCGACGCCCUCGAGCACUCCGUCUCCCCCGAGACCCCCAACGAGUACAUGAUCACCGACAACGACCCGCUGGUCAACACCUACAUCAGCGUGCCCAAGGAGAUGAGCAUGCUCAACUGCGCCGCCUUCGUCGCCGGCAUCAUCGAGGGCGUCUGCGACGGCUGCGGCUUCGAGGCCAAGGUCACCGCCCACAACCAGCCCACGGAGAUGUGGCCCAGUCGGACGAUAUUCCUGCUGCGGUUUGGGGAGAGCGUGAUGGAGCGGGAGAAGGUCUUGGAGCGGGCGGGUGUGAAAUAGUUUGCGUUUCUGCAGAAGGGGGCAGCCAGUGAGUGGGGCCUGUACGGUUGAUCGAUGAUGGCUCACAGCUUAUGGACUACUUGCUGGGAUGCGGAUGUUGUUGCAGUGGUGGGGAUUUUGGGGCAUAUCGGGUUCACGUCUACGCUCUGGUAUUGAUGGCUGGGCUGUGUGAUAUGCUAGAAGCGGAUUUGAUCUAGAUGUAGCCGUCGGUGUUGCGGCGUGAUGCUCCUUAGGCGAGGCAAUGACGAGGUGCACCGAGUGUACAUCCAGUAAAAUGUCCUUCACUUGGUUGUGCACCCCGUCGAGGUAUGAUACGUGCCGCCAUGCUGAGGAACCUUAUAUAAUACAAGAGGGGAAAGAAACGUCGAUUUCCCACAUGCAAAGCCCCCUCCCCCAAUCCGUGCUCUCAGAUACCCAAGAACGCCAAUAAA